UUAUUUUGAUAUUGUACUCUCUUUAGCUUGUGAUGGGAGUUAUAACCGAGGUCCUUUAAGCUAAAAAGCUGACCUUCCGGAUCGAAACACAUCACUAGUCAUAAUUUUGUUCACGCAACCUGUGUUGCUGUGGCUGUUUGUGUGCUUGGCCUCGGGUUGGGAAGGGUCCGUCCAGCACUGUGAGUACAGCUUAUUUUGUACUCGAGACCCUAGGCCCAACCAAGGCCCUCAAUCUAUCUCCUUUCGAUGUAGUGGGUUGGGUGGGACUCAUUUGAGUUAUUCGGUCGCGACCCCGACUCUAGCUACGUACGGUGAGGUCAAGCCCCCGUCUUUGUCCUGGAGGUCAGCCGAGUGCGAGCUGAAGGACUACUGCUUAGACAGGUCGAUUAUCGAGACAGUGAAAUGCCGGGGGGUGGAGUAGCCCGAUAUGAAUGCUCUGAUACUCUGAAGUCCAUGACACCCUUGCCUCAAGUCCCGUUUUUGUGAGUGAACGUAUAUUGUCAUCGUGUCUUGUUCCAUUCCAUCCGGAGGGUGGAAGUUCCGAACGUGUUGGCAGCGGCCGGCUGGAAGUUGGCUAGAAUGAAUUGACGUUAGGCCUAGCCACGUGAGAUCAGAGCAUCGAGUUUGGGAGCAGUCCUGCAACCCACAAGCCCAAAAGACAGUCAAUCUUCAGGUGAGACCAUGGAAGAGUGCGUCACUGCCUUUCAAGAACACUUGUCCUUGACGGAAGGGACCACCAGUGUGGGCGCCCUGGAGCCCAACUCCAUCAAGGACGGCCUCUACUCCAAUUGUCAUGGCUUGUCAUCCUUGGAGCCGGCACGAGGCCCCUGCCCGCCCAUCGAUUACGUGGUGUACUCUUCCGAGCUGAACAUGCCUGAUAUUAUUCGGCUGAUUCAACGCGAUUUGUCAGAGCCAUACUCGAUUUAUACGUAUCGCUAUUUCAUUCACAACUGGCCUCAUCUAUGUUAUAUGGCUCGGGUUGGGUCAGAAUGGGUGGGUGCCAUCGUCUGCAAGCUCGAUUAUCACAAGAAGGUGGUUAAACGAGGCUACAUAGCCAUGCUAGCCGUCGACUCCAACUUUCGGAAGCGUAGAAUUGGGUCCACGCUAGUCACCAAAGCCAUCCAGGCUAUGAAGGAGUUGGAAGCGGACGAGAUUGUUCUUGAAACGGAAAUUACCAACAAACCCGCAUUACGCUUGUAUGAAAACUUGGGCUUCGUUCGUGAUAAGCGACUUUUUCGUUAUUACCUAAAUGGAGUGGACGCACUUAGAUUGAAACUCUGGCUCAAGUGAUUUCAUUGCCUUCUCUUUCAAAUUCAGGGUCUCAUGCCAAUGAAAAUACCAUUGUUUGUUUCUUUGAGUCAAACUUAGUGACUUUCAUCUUCA